ACGGACGACUGUGUGGCGGUUACGCCAGCGGGUGUCCUCGUGCUGCACCUGAACAAGGAAACCUACCAAACCCUGGGCUUGGAGGGCCGCGUCUCGCAGUUUGCUCGCAAGCGAAACAGUAAAUACGAAAAACAAUGCUCGGUCAACCGGCGCGGCUGGAAGACAUGGCGCUGAAGCGAUCGGCGACGUGGCUUUGUGUGAUCGCCGAGAAUCUGAUGCCGAUCAUGCUGCACAUGUCGAAAAGUCGUGGCACAGAGGAACAUGAAGGGCAAAAGAUUCUGAAGCAGAUCGUGUCCGAUCUGCGGGACGACUACGACCAUUGCGUGCCGGCGCACCUGUUUGAUGAGUUUGGCAGGGAACUGAUCGAGCAGAUAAAGGAUCUGAUCGAGCGGGUGAAGCGAGCGCUGGACGUCAGAGCUUCGAUGGCGAAGUUUCUUGCCCAGGUGAACGUCGCGAUCGCCAUGUCCGAUAUCUUGCUGUCGCGGAAGCUGCGAUCGCUCAAGAUUGAUGAUAUGCCCAAAAUGAUGCGACAUGUGUUCUACUCCAGGAUGAGCGACAUGAAGGGGUUGAGGUACUUGAGUUUGGGCUCGAUGACUGGCGGUUGGAAGACGUUCGAUAUGCAGGAGACUAUCAUGAAGGGAAUGGUGACGAUGAAGAACCUUACCGGGCUUACGCUGAACUAUGACUGUACGGACACGAUCUUGCAGGGGUUGGCAAAAUUUUGCCCAAAUCUGGAGUACGUGGACAUUUCAAAUUCUAAGUACAUUACGAACGAUAGUAUCGAACAUUUAGUUAAACUAAAGAAUCUCAAGGUGGCUCUUCUGCAUCGUACUCAAAUAACAAUUUCCGGAAUUAUUGAGCUGCUGGUAAAGGCAAAGAAUCUCACCGAUUUGGGUCGAUACGACGAGCUGGGUCGCUGUCUGGAGUUUAUCGAUCAAAACUAUCCACAAAUAAGCAGUUUGAAACUGCGCAAGUUCGAAACCCGCUUCGCAACAACCCGGCACAUCCAGCUUCUAGCGGAACUUUGCCCAGACAUGUACUACGUGUCAAUCUUCCACAACAUGCUGCUGAUGGAUCUGAUGGCACUGGUCGGCAUCAACAACCUCUCCGAACUGUAUCUGCUUUCGUGCGACUUCUUCGCCGAUCAAAUCCGGGACGUUCUCCAGGUCAAGGGUUGCAACCUGACCUGCCUCCACCUGGAACACGUCGACCAAAUCGACAUGAACGCGCUGAUCUACAUCAGCCAGUACUGUGUGGAUCUUAAAGUGCUUUCGCUGUACAACUGCGUCAUGAUCCCUUCGACGUCACUCUACACCCGGCGCUUCGCCAUUCCUCCGUUCAUGAACCUCGAAAAGCUGUGGUUCGUCAGCGACUGUCCACCGCAAUAUCUGGAAUUUAUCCUCGUUACCGCACUCAAGAUCAAGUUCAUCCAGCUGGGCACGCAGGUGUUCACCAGUGACGAAAUGUUCGAGCGGAUCUUCCUGCGCAAUCCGCUGCAGUACCUGGAGGACAUCCGGAUCAUCAAUUCGGAUGAGCUGACGAUAGCGACCGCGUAUCGAAUGGUGGAGAACUGCACCAGCUUAAAAGUCCUCAACGAGAUCGAGUGCUGGAAAAAGGUUCGCGAUUAUGAGCUGGUGCAGUUCCGCGAGAUGCUUAAGGAGCGAAACUACGCGGUCCAUACGGCACCACUUCGGAAGUACGCCACCGAGCAGAUGAAUUGACUUGUUUUGAACUUUCUUUGUACAUAUAUCGAAUAAAAACACCUUUUCAACCCCGCA